UUUAAAUCCAAUUUUUUAAUUUUAAUUUUCUCGUUUUCACAUUGAAACACAUUACAUUGGGAGAAAAAAAGGCAAAAACCAAAAAGGAAGAUCCGAAAAUUUUCCCCCGAAAAUCUCAGAUUCUGGGAAAAGCAAAGGAAAUCGCCAAGGAGGGAAUAAGGAAAAAUUUCAUUCCAAUCGGCAUAUUUGAGCAGAGAUUUCUCUUUUUCGGAUUUGUUCAAACGAUUAAUCUAUCUUUGGGAAAGAAAAAAAGUUAAAUUUAAGAAGAUCGUUUUUCAGUUAUUUUAACAUUUGUUCUUCUUCUUCUUCUUAGUUUUAUCUCUCCUCGGAAAACAGGAACAAAUCUCUUUCCUUAUUUAGUUGUCACAUAUUUUUUCCUCUUUGCUGUUGCUAUUGAUCAUUGUGAUCAUCGUCUCGACUUACAUACUUAAGAACCGAUUUGUCUCUGAUUUUUUUCUUUCUCAGAAGAUAAGAAACGAAUAAAAGUUUUUGAUCUUGUGUCUGUGACUGUGUUUGUGUUAUAACGAGCCAUGUCAGAAACUCAGAAGUUUACGAACUCUACUGGGUCAAUUCGAUAUUCCGAGAAAAUUGAAGAUACCUUCAAGAAGAUGAAAGUUAAUGAAGACACGAUGGAGCAGUCGAGUCCGUAUCCUGAUCGUCCCGGUGAGCGAGACUGCCCGUUCUUUCUGAGAACUGGGCAGUGUGGAUAUGGAAACAGCUGCCGAUACAAUCAUCCUCUUACUCAUCUUCCACAUGGUGUCUUCUACCACAGAGAUGAACUGCCUGAGAGAAUUGGUCAGCCAGACUGUGAGUAUUUUCUGAAGACAGGAGCCUGUAAGUAUGGCUCAACAUGUAAAUACCACCACCCAAAGGACAGGAACGGUGCUGGACCCGUGGUGUUCAAUGUUCUCGGUUAUCCUAUGCGUCAGGGUGAGAAGUCAUGCCCAUAUUACCUGCAGACAGGGAUGUGUAGAUUCGGAGUUGCCUGCAAAUUCCAUCAUCCUCAUCCUCAGUCUCACGAUGGCCACUCUACUUAUGGAGUCUCUAGCUUUCCUUCUGUUGGUUUUCCUUAUACCAGUGGACUGACGAUGAUGUCUAUGUCUCCCGCAACAUAUGGAGUUAUGCCUCCUCCUGCUGCAACAUAUGGAGCUAUGGCACGUCCUCAAGUUCCUCUCCCUCAGGCCUACAUGCCCUUCAUGGUUGCACCUCCUCAAGGCUGGCCUACUUACAUGGCUGGAUCUAACUUCAUUUAUAAUGUGAAAACUCAACUCGACUCCAGCUCUAGUGUAUCUGUGCCUGUUCCUGUGGCCGUUACAUCGCAUCAUCACAGUUUCUCUGAAAGAGCUGAAUGUAGGUUUUUCAUGAACACCGGUACGUGCAAAUACGGAGAUGAUUGCAAAUACAGUCAUCCGAAAGAAAGGAUGUUACAGUCACCACCAAGUCUCUUGAACCCUGUUGUUCUUCCAUCUAGACCAGGACAACCAGCAUGUGGUAACUUCAAGGCCUAUGGAUUCUGCAAGUUUGGAGCAAACUGCAAAUUCGAUCACUCAGUGCCACUAAACCCUGGUAACAACAAUACAGGCUUGACCAUGCCUUCUCUGUCUACUGCUUCAACUGUUUCAACUCAUCUGGAGAUCUCAUCGCCGCCAAGCCGCUCUGACUCAAAUACCAAUGGUGAUAAACCUGCUGCAGAGAAUCACAGCUCAGAGAUUGAGAAACAGGACGAUAGUUCUGAACAACCGGACAAGUCAGAAGUGCAGGAACAACCAUCAGAACCAAGCCGCUCUGGUUCAACCGCCUUGUCCAAUGGUAAAAUUGAUGCAAGCUCUGAAAGAUCGCGAAAGAGGGUUAAACCAAAUUUUAGAGAGAAAGUGGAAAGUAAGAGAAAGGGAGAAGGAAAAAUGUACAAAUCACCAUUAACGUUGCUCACGCUUCUUUCUCUGUUUUUUGGAUUCUUCAAUCUCGGAAAUGCUCUUUAUGGAUCUUCUUCGCCGGUGGUUCAGCUCACUGCUUCUAACUUCAAGUCCAAGGUUCUUAAUUCAAAUGGAGUCGUUUUGGUAGAGUUCUUUGCACCAUGGUGUGGUCAUUGUAAAGCUCUAACACCAACAUGGGAGAAAGUGGCUGGUAUUUUGAAAGGUGUUGCUACUGUGGCAGCAAUUGACGCCGACGCUCACCAGUCUGCCGCUCAGGAUUAUGGUAUUAAGGGCUUCCCAACCAUCAAAGCCUUUGUACCUGGAAAGCCUCCAGUUGAUUACCAAGGAGCAAGAGAUGCUAAAUCCAUUGCUAAUUUUGCUUACAAGCAGAUUAAGACUCUUUUGAGUGACCGUUUGGAAGGAAAAAGUAAACCAAAUGGAGGAUCUAGUGAAAAGAAAUCUGAGUCUAGUGCAUCUGUGGAGCUGAACUCCAGCAAUUUUGAUGAGUUGGUCAUCAAAAGCAAUGACCUCUGGAUCGUUGAGUUUUUUGCUCCUUGGUGUGGACACUGUAAAAAACUUGCCCCAGAGUGGAAAAAGGCUGCAAACAACCUGAAGGGGAAGGUGAAAUUAGGGCAUGUCAAUUGCGAUGUCGAGCAGUCGAUAAUGAGCAGAUUCAAAGUGCAAGGAUUCCCUACAAUUAUGGUAUUUGGUGCAGACAAAAGCAGCCCAUAUUCUUAUGAUGGUGCUAGAUCUGCGUCAGCUAUCGAAUCUUUUGCAACAGAACUUGUGGAAUCUAGUGCUGGGCCUGCUGAAGUAACUGAAUUAACUGGGCCGGAUGUCAUGGAACAGAAGUGUGGUUCUGCUGCUAUUUGCUUUGUCUCUUUCUUACCAGACAUUCUUGACUCCAAAGCUGAAGGAAGGAAUAAGUACCUCGAGAUGUUAUUAUCAGUUGCAGAAAAAUUUAAGAAGCAUCCUUACAGUUUUGUGUGGGUGGCGGCUGUAACUCAGCCGGAUUUGGAGAAGCGAGUCAGCGUGGGAGGAUAUGGUUAUCCAGCAAUGGUAGCCAUGAACGUGAAGAAAGGAGUAUAUACUCCUCUUAAAAGCGCAUUUGAGCUUCCACACCUCCUAGAAUUUGUAAAGGAUGCUCAGGCCGGUGGAAAAGGAAACUUGCCAAUGAACGGAACACCAGAGAUUGUUGAGACAAAAGCGUGGGACGGUAAAGACGGGGAAGUGAUCGAGGAAGAUGAAUUCUCACUGGAGGAACUCAUGGGAGGUGAUGAUAAUGUUAAUGUUGGUACUACCAAGGAUGAGCUGUGAAGAUUCCAAGGUGUGUUUUUGAUUUUGCUGCUACUUAUGGAUCUGAACCGUUGAAUGUUUCACUCUCUAUAUUGCCAAAAGAAUGUAAGACCAUUUCAAGAGACAGAAAACAUCCAUAUAUAGACUUUCUUUUUUGCAAUAUGUCCUGAUUUUGGAUUUAGAUAGACACAUAAUCAGAGAAUCUUUGGUGGAGCGCCAUUAGAGUACAUCGCUCUUAACUUUUUUUUCUUACUGGUUUUGUCUUCCUGAUAAAGUAUACAUAUCCCGCUUCA